AUGCCCCGUAUCAUCCUCGUGAGCCUGGGUGCUGGUUCAGCAUUCUUCUUGGCCAUUGCAAUUGCUGGCUAUGCUGCUGGUGGUUGCCAGCUCUCGGGCAACUUGCUCUUCUCCGUUGUAAACAUCGCGGACCCGACGGUUCCGUCCGCUCUGGGUUUUAUUCCCAGCCGUGGCGCUGUGAUCAUGGCCUACCUGUUCAUGCAGAUCCACAUCGUCAUCGCCUUCUCGACGGUAAUCCAGCCGCCAUUUUACAUGGCUGAACGCUUCAUCCUCGGCAUGCACAAGACUACCACGGAGAUCGAGAAGCUGUCGACCGCCCCCGACCUGUCGACGCCAGACCUUGAAGGUAACUAUAACGUCUCCAACACCCCGGGCGUCGCACUGCCGACUGAACAGCAGCGGAAAGAGAAGGAAGAGCAGGAACUAUCAGAGUACCAGGGCGCGGGAACUGUGCUCCGUUAUGUGACUCUACGUCUGUGCAUCAUUGCCGUGCUUGUGGCUGUUUCCAUCGGCCUCCGUGACAAGUUCCUCGACCUCGUGGACUUCACGGGCGCUUCGGCCAUUACAGUGUGCUGUCUCGCUCUACCUAUUACGUUCUACCUCAAGGUCUUCUGGAAGGAGCUGCCCGCGUACGAGCGUAUCGUUGCCAUCCUAGUUAUCGUCAUCUGUAGUAUCGUCGGUUGCUAUGUCAUGAUCUACGCCGGCAAGAACCUCUUCAAUCCGGACACAAAAACCGCCACGUUCCCGUACUGCUCUGUAGAGAGCCAAAUGGAGCCGUACUACGUCCGCAAUUCUACUUCCAACUAA